AUGAGCUCGGCCUACUACGGUCAGGAGCUGGCUUCCACAGCAACCAUGGCCGCCGCAGCAGCUGUUGCCGCCGUGGCUGCUGCCACCGCCUAUCAGAAGAAUCGAAAUUGCUACCAUUAUUUGGAAAACGAGAAAGAAGGAUGUAAGCACUACUACGACGACGACGAGGAUGAAGAAGAUGACGUAGAGGAGGAAGCGGAGGAGGAGGAGGAUUACUAUAAACGAGAUUCUGGAAGACAGCGUAGACAGAGACGUAAAGGAGCUCACUUUCGUGAUCGCAUCGAAACUGGUGGACCCGUUCGAGUUGCCAGAAGUGAGCGCUUCAACGCGAGGACUGCAGGUGCCGGUGAAACGAGAAUAGAGCCGAAGUUUGCCUGGCUGCAGACAGACGAAAAGCUGCUUGCACUGGCGGUGGCCCAACAGAAUACAGUCAGGCGGCAGGUGGGUGGGGUGAUGGGCGUCGGCAGUAGCGAUGGCGAGAAAGACAGAGACGAAGAGGAGGAGGAAGAGCAGGACAGAGAAGAGGGCGCAGAAGAAGAGGAGGAAGAAGACGAAGACGAAGAAGACGACGAUGAUGACGACGAUGAAAAGGAGGGACUAGGGCAGGAGGACGAUGAGUUGGAGCUCAGCGACCGAGCAAGUAUGCUGCGUCGGAGCCGCAACGACGGUGUGAUCGCGUUGUCCGGACAUGAUGGUCCGGAAUCGUUGCGACUUUUGAGGCGGCAACGAAAUGGCCGACUUCGAGUGCACACAAGCAAAGAUGACACUGCCACGAGUAUGCAAAGAAAGCGAAGAGGUCGGCCGAUCUCGGCCAGACGAGCUCGAGAUCAGACAUCUCUGCUGCCCGAAGUCACGACUCGUUCGAAGCGGCGAGGCCAACGACGGCGAGAUCGUUCAGCUUCCGGGCCAGGUUCGUAUCGUACAGCCUCAGGUCAGAGGCCGAGGAUUUCACGACUUUUUGACCUGUCCCCGGCAGAGCUUCGUCUUCGACGCCAUCUGCUCGAGACGUGCGGAGUGCUGUCGCGUCUUGACGCCCGGCUUGGCGACCGGCAGACACGUGUCGUCGUCUGCGUGGACACGUGCGGGGAGACGGGCUCUGGUGGCGACACCGGCGGGGCAACUGCAGCUGGGUCUGGCCUCAGUCAGGAGAGACUGGGCGGCCGAGCUGGACUGGGCUCCGGCCUGGGCGUUGGAGUGUCUGCCGCACUCGUCAAAUUGGCCGCAUUCGCCUACCUCGUGGACCGACUGCAGAUGGUGACACCGCAAGGAGGCGACAGUGCGGCUGUCUCCAUCCUCCUCAAUCCCCGUAGUCAGGCCGACCAAAUGGGCCGACAAAUGUCGGGAAAGGAGAAGAAGUCUGUAGACUCGGACAGACAACAGUCGACGUCCAUUUCCAAGUCCACCCUUCAGGGCGUCGCUUCCAAGGCCAGUCAGAACACCACAUGGAGUCCCAAUCUCGUGCUCUUGCUCACCGCCACGGAGACAUCGCCAUGGCGACCGCUUACAAGUUGCUGUUCAACAGCCACAACUGGGAUGGAGACCGGAAAGCCCGGCACACGAGAGGAGGAAGGAAGAAGCAGCGGAAGAGAAGAUGUCGGUGAUUCGGGCAGAGGAGGCGCGGCUGUUUCGGCUGGCGCGCACCUCUCCACCGUCUGGCAACAAGGGGCCGUAUUCUCCUGGCAGACGGAGGCCUGGCGUGUAGUUCACAAUGCCUGCCAUCUGCCGGUGUAUCUGGAGGAACUGCCUCCAGGUCCCGACACAACGGCUGACUGGCUGGCUGAUAUUAUCGCCAACGAGGGCAGCAUCGCUAAAGGCUACCUCACUAGGCCAGGCCUUCAGGCAAGUUAG